UUCUCAAUUGUCAACAUUGAUCAGCUGUUCUUGAUCUAUUCAUCCCGGCCGCACUUGGACGACUUUUCGCAAAUUUUCCAGAAAUUGCUAAAUUGAACCGACAAUAAAUUACAAACAUGGCAAGUUAUGAUGCCUAUGGAACACCAACUAAACCGGAUACCAAUUGCCGCACAUGUACCGAUUUCAAAUCAUGGUCAAAACAGCAAAGGCACAUUUUUCAGAAGGCAACUGAUAAAGAUGCAGCAAAGGCUGGUGGAGACGGCGGUGCCAAGGAUACUAAUAUGCCGCGUGAAGAUUGUCCUUUAGAUAAAUCGCGUCUGGGCCAGUCGACAUGGGGCUUAUUACACACCAUGGCGGCAUUCUAUUCGGAUAAUCCCACAGAUAAUCAAAAGAAGGAUGUCAAAACCUUUUUCGAUGUCCUAUCACGUCUCUAUCCCUGCGAAUAUUGUGCUCAAGACUUUCGUAAAGACCUUCGAGAAAAUCCGGUCCAAGUUAAUUCUCAAAAGGACUUCUCACAAUGGUUGUGUCAGUUCCACAAUCGAGUCAAUGUCAAAUUAGGCAAACCCGAGUUCGAUUGCAGCAAGGUGAACGAAAGAUGGAGGGAUGGCUGGCUAGAUGGUUCAUGUGAUUAAUAGUAACCUCGUGGUCUUAUUUCAAACUACUUGUAAUUCCUUUUGUUAUUACAUCGGUUUUAUUUUCCCAUCCGAUUGCAAAUUUGCCAGAAACAUGUAUUUAUUAUUAGAUUUUUGUAUGUUAUAAGAAAACUAGUUCAUAUUUCUUCCUUAUUUUCGAAAUAUGAAGUUUCCUUAUAAAUCCUUUUCUAAUUUGUAGCUAUUUUGUUGUAUUGUAUCCUGAUGUUGAUCUGGGGAAAACAUCUUAAAACAUAUUCCUUAGAAAAAGAAGUUACCUAUUUGUAAAUAUACAUAUACAUACCUACCAGUGUGCAGUUGUUACAACCACUUGA